GUCAUCACGAUGCCAGCGCUGCCUCUGGAUGAACUCCAGCUGACAGAAAGGGAUCCCAAGACAGGGAAGCUGAGAACUUUACCGGCACUGCACCCAGAAAUAAAAGCAGAUCGGUCUUUUGUGCUAUACAGACCGCCACCUCUUGUCAGAGACCCUGCUUUAGUUGAAGAAUUCUUGGAGCGGGCCAAAUUCAUUGCAGAUGACCUGAACUGGCUCCUGGCUUUGCCUCAUGACAAAUUCUGGUGCCAGGUAAUAUUUGAUGAGACGCUUCAGAAAUGCCUGGAUUCCUACCUGUGCUAUGCCCCUCGCAAGUUUGAUGCGUUCUUGGAUUGCCAUCCAGAGGUGAAUGACAUGCAGAAAUGUCUUCAUCGCAGCAUCUUCCUGACUUUCCUCAGGAUGUCUACUCACAAGGAGUCCAAGGAUCAUUUUAUCACUCCCUCUGUCUUUGGAGAAAUUAUUUACAAUAACUUCCUGUUUGACAUCCCUAAGAUUCUGGAUCUCUGUGUGCUUUUUGGGAAAGGAAAUGGUCUCCUGCUCCAGAAGAUGAUCGAAAAUAUCUUCACUCAGCAGCCGAGUUACUUCGGUGACCUGGAUGAAACUCUGCCCACUGUCCUCCAGGUGUUCAACAAUAUUUUACAUAAAUGUGGUUUGCAGUGUGAAGGAGCCUCUGCUGAGCCCCAGAAACUGGAAGAAAAAGUCAGCGUGACCCCGGGGAACAUGCCGCUGCAGGAGCUGAAAGAUGUUGUGCUGUACUUAUGUGACACUUGCACAACACUCUGGGCGUUCCUUGAUGUCUUCCCAUUGGCUUGCCAGACCUUCCAAAAACAUGAGUUUUGCUACAGGUUAGCUUCGUUUUAUGAACUGGCAAUUCCUGAGCUGGAAUCUGCAAUUAAGAAGCGGCAUUAUGAGGAUAACAGUGUUUUUGCUGAUCUGUGGAGGAGGAUUUCACAUUCCAGGAAGAAGAUGAUAGAAGCUUUUCACAUCCUAAUAAACCAAGUCUGUCUGCAGCCCAUCUUAGAAAGCAGCUGUGAGAACAUUCAGCCUUUUAUUGAGGAAUUUCUACAGAUCUUCACUUCAGUGCUUCAGGAAAGGAGAUUUCUCCGUGAUUAUGACGAGCUGUUCCCCAUUGAGGAUGAUGUCAGCCUGCUUCAGCAAGCAUCCUCCACGCUAGAUGAGACCAGGACAGCCUAUAUCCUGCAAGCAGUGGAAAGUGCGUGGGAAGGGGUAGACAGGAAAAAAGCACAAGUCGUUAAAGAUGCAACACCAGCAGCAGCAUCUAAUGGAGCAUCAGCAACAGUGGAGAGCACUGCUGAAGCCGUCCCUCAGCUGCUGUCUCUUCCCAGUAAUGCCACCAGUUCUCUUUGAUCCGUGCAGUGUGCCGGUGCAGCUGCUGCGCCCAUUGCCAAGGUGUCAGGGGUGGAGCUGGACUCCCUGAUCUCUCAAGUGAAGGACCUGCUGCCAGACCUCGGUGAGGGCUUCAUCCUGGCCUGCCUGGAGGAGUACAGUUACAACGCGGAGCAGGUCAUCAACAACAUCCUAGAAGACAAACUGGUGCCAUACUUGGAUAAGCUGGACCGAGCAAUGCACAGGAAGCUGAAGCCAGACCCUACUCCUCUGGUCACUUCUCGCUAUAAUGUUUUCCAGAAUGAUGAGUUUGAUGUUUUCAGUAGGGAUUCAGUGGAUGUUUCUCGGAUACAAAAAGGCAAGCGGAGGGACGACACGACCAGGAGUUUGCUGAACGACAAACGCCUGGUUGCGGAGCAGAAGGAGCGCUACAGCCAGUACAGCGUGGUCGUGGAGGAGAUCCCAGUGCAGCAAGGAGAGGCUCGGCUCUACAGUGAGGACUACGAGGACGAGUAUGACGACACUUACGAUGGAAACCAAGUGGGGGCAAAUGAUGCCGACUCAGAUGACGAGCUGAUCAGCAGGAGGCCGUUCACAAUUCCUCAAGUUUUGAGGCCUAAAGGACAGGAGGAAGGACAGGAAGAAGAAGAAGAGGAUGAAGAGGAGGAGGAGGAAGAAGCUGAAAAGGAAAGAGACCACUUUGUGCAGGACCCAGCCGUACUGCGGGAGAGGGCUGAAGCCCGGCGGCUGGCUUCCCUUGCGAGGCGGGGGCACAAGCACGACAGCUCUGCUGUUGUUGGGAACGUGAAGGGACAUGGGCAGAACCGGGAAACAGCGCAGGAACGAAGGAAGAAGGAAGCAAACAAAAGCACAAGAGCUAACCAUAAUCGGCGAGCCAUGGCGGACAGAAAGCGGAAUAAAGGCAUGAUUCCCUCCUGA